GACAAUCUGAAAAUUCCCGCGAAAUCGUGAAGAGUUAGUCAACAUGUCUAAAAUGAAUACCCUGUUUUCAUAUUUCACAAAGUCUCCGCCAGCAUCGAAGACUGAAACAUCGCCUACUUUAGGUGACCUGCCAAAUGGAAAAUCGAAGAAUAGUUCUCCUGGAGAGGCAGCGAAUCAAACGAGAGGUCAACCAGCUUGUAAACAUAAAAUUGGUGAUAUUGUUUGGACAAAAUUAGAUGGAUAUCCAUGGUGGCCUGGAUUAGUUUGUAGCCAUCCAACCCAAAAUGUCUUUUUCAAAGGAGGAAAAAUUCAUGUGCAAUUCGUGGAUGAAACCAAAAGUCGAGCAUGGAUAAAAGAAAAAAAUGAUAAGGAGAAUAUACAUGAUAUUGAUGAUGAUGAUAUUGGCACUAGAUCAUCAAGAAAGCGCCCCCGCAAGGCUGCUCUUAAAGUACAAAAAACAAAAAGGAGAAGAAUUAUUGAAGCUGACAGUGAUGAAGACAAUGAUGAUUCAGAAGAUGAAUUCAAACCUGAAAGUGACGUUGACUCAGAAUCAGAUGUGAGCAGUGGUGUUGAUGAAGACAAGAUAUCUGAACUUGACACGGAAUCAGAGCCGGAAACUCCAGAGAAGUCUCUUAAGCGAAAACGUGGGUCUACAAGGACACCUUCUGCUAAGCCAAGGAAGGCAGAGUUUUCGACCCCAAAUAGCAAAUCAAAUACUGAACAGAUUUUCAAAACACCAACAACUGUUGCUGCUUCUACCAAAGCAAGGCUAUCCAUGUUCACAGCUCCUGAGUCACCAGCUCCAGUCUCAGAAGACAGACAAUCAUUUCCACACCAUUCAUAUGAAUGGCUGAAAGAAGAAAAUAGAAAAGAUAAGAAGAAACGCUCCAUGAGUGAUGAUAAUUAUGAUCCCUCUACGAUUUAUGUACCUGAAAGUUUUCUUCAGUCCUGUACUCCAGCUUCCAGGCAGUGGUGGGAAGUAAAAUCCAAUAAUUUCAAUUCUGUAUUAUUUUUUAAGAUGGGAAAAUUUUAUGAACUUUAUCACAUGGAUGCUGAAAUUUCAGUCAAAGAACUUGGUCUUAUCUUUAUGAAGGGCCAGGUUGCUCAUUGUGGUUUCCCAGAGAUUGCGUUUGGUCGCUAUGCCGACACUCUAAUUCAGAGAGGUUACAGAGUCGCUAGAAUUGAACAGACCGAGACUCCAGAUAUGAUGCAAGAAAGGUGUCGUAAAUUGAUCAAGCCUACUAAGUUUGACAAAGUUGUGAGAAGAGAAUUAUGUCGCAUUUCCAGCAAAGGUACAAAGACUUACAGUUUUAUUGAUGGUGAUACAUGUAAUGCUGAAAGCAGUUAUUUGUUAUCUGUGACUGAGAAACCAUGUGAUGGUCUGAAUGGUGGUGAAAGUCUCUAUGGAGUCUGCUUUGUUGAUACCUCCAUUGGAAAGUUUCAUAUUGGACAAUUUCAAGAUGAUAGACAUUGUUCUAGACUGCGUACACUGAUAGCACACUAUACUCCAGUUCAUGUGUUGUAUGAAAAAGGAAAAUUACUUGCUAAAACCCAGCAGAUUCUGAGCCAGAACCUUAUCUCUGCAUUAAAAGAUGCUUUACAUCCAGGUUCUGAAUUCUGGGAUAGCGGGAAAACAUUAAAAUUCUUGGCUGAAAAAAAGUAUUUUGAAAAAGAAAACAAGAAGGAAGAUGUUGAGGAAGAAGAUGAUGAUGUGAACGGAAAAGAUUAUUGGCCUGUUGGGAUUCGCCAAAUGUUGUCUGAAAUGCAAGUGAAAGUUUUGAAAAGGUAUUUAAAGAAAUGUUUCCUAGAGGAGGAAUUAUUGUCAAUGAGGAAUUUUGAGGUGUAUAAACCUUUAGAUGAUGUCAAAGCAGUUUUUGACUCAAAGAAGUCAGCCAUUGCUUUUACUACAGGAAGAAAUCGUAUGGUAUUGGAUGGUGUGACCCUGGCUAACUUAGACGUAUUAGAGAACCAAACUACAGGGACAACAGAGGGAACUUUGUUAGAAAGGUUGGAUCAUUGCUGUACACCUUUUGGUAAAAGGCUUUUCAAAGAGUGGUUAUGUGCACCCUUAUGUAAUCCAGUAUCCAUCAAUGACAGUAAAAGGAAAAUAGAAGAUUUUCUUGCAGCUCUUAAUGGAUUUAAAACUGCCUGUAAAAUUAUAAAAUUAUUCAAAGGACGAACAGAUGAAUUCAAAUCAAAACUUCUCAAAAAGACCACUACCACAGCAAAACGAGACAGUAAUGACUGUGGUCAAUUUCCUGAUAUCCAAGAAGAGCUUUCUUUCUUUGAUAAUGCUUUCGAUCAUGGAAAAGCCAAAAGUGUUGGAGCGAUCAUUCCGCAUGCUGGGGUUGAUCCAGAUUAUGACUGUGCCUUAGAGGAUAUAAAUUGCACACAGAAAAAAUUAAAUCAUUAUUUAGAGAGACAACAACAACGACUCAAUUGCAGGACAAUUGUAUACUUUGGCACAGCUAAGAAUCGCUACCAGCUAGAGAUUCCUGAAAGUGUCUGCAAACGAGUGCCCGAUGAGUUUGAAGUCACAUCACAGAAAAAAGGUUAUAAACGAUACACUACAGAUGAUAUCAAAGCUCUGUUUAAUGAGUUAGUUGAUGCUGAAGGCAGACGUGAUACUGCCCUCACAGACACAAUGAGGAGAGUAUUUGCUAUAUUUGAUGAACAUUACAAACUAUGGGAUAGAACUGUGCAGUGUUUGUCAGUGUUGGAUGUCUUAUUGUCACUCGCACAGUACAGUCAAUGCAGUGAAAAUGAUAUGUGUAGACCUCAAAUAAUCUCACCAACGCAAGACAUGCAGCCUUAUAUCUCUAUUGUCAAUGGCAGUCAUCCUUGUAUUUCUAAAAUAUUCACUGGUGGUGAUUUUAUACCGAAUGAUACAUAUAUAGGAUGUAAGGACACUGAUGACGAUGAAAACAUUGCAGGUCAAUGUGUUUUGGUGACUGGUCCUAAUAUGGGUGGUAAAUCCACACUUAUGAGGCAGGUUGGAUUACUUGUAAUAAUGGCACAGUUAGGGUGUCAUGUUCCAGCUGAGAGCUGUAAACUCACACCAGUUGACAGAGUAUUUACUAGGCUUGGUGCCAGUGAUAGGAUUAUGUCAGGUGAAAGUACAUUUUAUGUAGAGUUGAGCGAAACAUCAUCCAUACUACAGCAUGCCAGUAAACAUUCAUUGGUUCUCAUGGAUGAAUUAGGUAUGUUUUAUUGUGAGAAUGCUGCAUGUAUGGUGGAAAAUGAAAACGAAGAAGAUCCAAGCCAAGAAACAAUUACCUUUUUAUACAAAUUUGUGAAAGGUUCAUGUCCUAAAAGUUAUGGUCUAGAAUUACUUUAUGGAUUUCAAUCAAACUUGGUAAUCAAAAAAGGACAGAACAAAGCCAGAGAGUUUGAAGACGCUACCGAUAGACUUAAGAUCUUCAGAAAAUUAGCAAACAUUAAAAAACUAUCAGAUCUGCAAUCAAGUCUUCAGAAACUUCAAGAACAACUCAAGAUCUAA